CUGAUUCCUUGCAUCCUCACAACUGAUGUCAUGUCUCUCCUCACGCUUCCUCACGAGCUUCUCCAGCACAUCGCACGCUUUCUGCCUUGCUCCAGCCUCCUCCAAUUGGUCCGCGUCAAUCAUCAGUUAUACGAUGCCUGCUAUGAUCCACUUCUGUUCAAUGAUAUCGCGCAAAAUGCUUUCCAUAGAGCACCAGGUGCGAUCGAUAGCGUGUUUCAUCUGUACAAGCAACCGGGGCGCGUAGAACUUGAGCCGGAGCAGCUCGGAUGGCCAGAGGGAGAGUCCAUUUUGGAAGAGUACUCUUUCGAAGACAAAGUGCGAAUGGCUCAUGCUGUCGAAGACCUCAUACGACUAUCAACACUGAAGCCUGCGGCAUGGUUGACGACCACGACAUCCAACAUGGCUGACUGGCUCCCACAUAUGUUGGUUUUACAUCAUCCUGCAUCCUGGUGUCUGGAGCCUGACAUGUUCCUGUUACCACAUGGCCAGCUCAGCCAAUUCAACACAAGCUCAACAUCGUCUCUGCUGAUGAAUCGCUGGCUGUCACGGACCGCGGACCAAGCGCGUGAUAGAGUAGCUUCUGCGAAGCUCCAGGCGGUUCAUUUCACGAACUUCAGCUUCGUACUCAACUACACCACGCUCCAGCGACUGAGCUCUACCAACACGUCUAACGAUGUCCUUUUCUUGUUUGCCCGCCACUUUUUUCCCAACUGGUUGGAGGCUGACUCAACAAUCGUCUACAUCCAGAACAUGGCAGAGAAUGUUAUUCAGCGAUUGAGCGAGCGCAUACCGGGUUACGGCACCUUCAUCAGAGACUUCAAUCUCACGCAAGCCUCUGCUGCGCUCCCCAUUUUGCUGAUAGCUAUCGCAUCUGCAUAUGAUAAUCGAGACAAACGACUCCUUCCCACCCCAGCCAAGAUCCCGUUUACCAAGUUCAUGGACAUACCGAGUGUAUACCACAGCUCGGCAGAGCUUUUCUCCACAUGCCAUUACAGGCGUAUGACAAUGCCCGAGUUCCUAUCUGGUCGAUGGGUAGGCUAUUAUACCGAUCACCGGUCAUUUCGAAACCGUACGGUCAACGUCGAUCCGCCAAUGCAGAACAUACAGAUGGUGGUUCACGAACCGACCGAAGAAGCACGAACGCGAUUAAGGAUCAGCGCUAUCAUUGAGCGGGAGACAAGAGGGUAUGACGCUCAUGGAGACUUCUUGCUUUCCGGUCGGGUGCGUGAAGACGGACUGGUUAGCAUCGCUAAACAGUAUCUCGGACUUGGAAUCUCGUGGACGUGGACAGGACGGAUCACGCCGUUUGGAAUCGUUGGGGUUUGGGGACAUAAUUCGUUUGGAGGGUACUUCUGGGUCUUCAAGGAGGAGUGGAUAUAGGCCUACACAGUCCACGCAAAUGUGCAAGUACCAGCCUCUUGCCAUGCUCCGAGAGGUCGGGACCAAAAUUUCUGCCCCACAUAGUGCGUGUCAAUGGCAAUGUUCCAGGAGAAGAGUAUCAAGACUUGGUGGUUUUUAUGUCGUAUUGCA